GUGGUCCAGUGUGUGUUUGUGGCCAUCAGGACGAUCGGAAACAUCAUGAUCGUCACGACUCUGCUUCAGUUCAUGUUCGCCUGCAUCGGAGUUCAGCUCUUCAAGGGUAAAUUUUAUCGCUGUACGGACGAAGCCAAACACACACCUGAUCAGUGCAAAGGGACGUUUGUUGUGUAUAAAGACGGAGACGUGAGUCACCCGAUGGUCCGAGUGCGUCUGUGGCAUAACAGUGACUUCAACUUCGAUAACGUGUUAAUGGGGAUGAUGGCGCUCUUCACCGUCUCCACCUUCGAGGGCUGGCCAGCACUGCUGUACAAGGCCAUCGAUGCUAACGGGGAGAACUCUGGUCCCAUCUAUAACUACCGAGUGGAGAUCUCCAUCUUCUUCAUCGUCUACAUCAUCAUCAUCGCCUUCUUCAUGAUGAACAUCUUCGUAGGUUUCGUCAUCAUCACGUUCAGAGAGCAGGGAGAGCAGGAGUACAAGAACUGUGAGCUCGACAAGAACCAGCGUCAGUGUGUGGAAUACGCUCUAAAGGCUCAGCCUCUCAAACUCUACAUCCCGAAGAAUCCUGUCCAGUAUAAAUUCUGGUCGAUCAUCAACUCCACAGGGUUUGAGUAUGUGAUGUUCGUCCUCAUCCUGCUCAACACCGUCACGCUGGCUGUUCAGCACUAUGAACAGUCCAAAACGUUCAGCCACAUCAUGGACAUCCUGAACAUGGUGUUCACUGGACUCUUCACUGUGGAGAUGCUGCUGAAGCUGCUCGCCCUCAGACUCAGGCAUUAUUUCAUAGACGCCUGGAACUCAUUCGAUGCUCUUAUCGUGGUCGGCAGCGUGGUCGACAUCGUGGUCACAGAGUUCAGU